GCACCUUCGCCCCCGUCUUACUUCUUUUUCCUUCCCUCUUCACUACGUGCAAAGAGGUCAACAACAAGAUCUCGUCCCCACCAGCCGAAAACCUUUCAUCAACAAAAACCCAACCGCUCGAUUUUCAUUCUGCUUCUCACACACACUCUACUUCUCUUUCAAAACCGCCAGCAUGUCGACCUCUGAAGAGUUUGUCAUCGACCCUUCUGCUAUCAAGGAGCUCCAGCUCCUCGAGGCCAGCCUCUGUGAUGUCGACACCGAGAUCACAGCCAAGCAGUACCUGAUGACCAGGGACAUCCUCCAGGCACGUCAGAGCACCAUCGCCAAGAUCCCCAACUUCUGGGCCGUCGUCUUCGACCACGCGUCCACCGAGCUCGAGGCUGCCAUCACCAGCAGCGACCUCGAGGUCUUCGCCAAGGCACUCAAGGGCAUCGAGGUCGGCCGUCCCGAGAUCCCUGCCUCUGCCCACCCGUCGCAGGUCGGCCUCAGCAACUUUGGCGAGCCCCGCUCCGUGACCAUCCGCUUCCACUGGUCUGAGAACGAGUGGUUUGCCG